GCGUGAGCCCGAAUUCCCGGGUUCCGCCACUGGGCAGCAGUUAGUCUCACUGCUGUACCGGACGGGCUGGCCUCUUGAGCCUACAGGCCUCCUGUUCCCUGCCUGCCGCCCUACCCCUCGGCGGGGCCUUCGGCGCAGCUAUGGUAGUGCUGCACGUGAAGAGAGGCGACGAGAGCCAGUUCUUGCUGCAGGCGCCCGGGAGCACUGAGCUGGAGGAGCUCACGAUUCAGGUGACCCGCGUCUACAAUGGGCGGUUGAAGGUGCAGCGGCUCUGCACAGAGAUGGAAGAGCUGGCAGAACACGGUGUGUUCCUCCCCCCUAAUAUGCAAGGGCUGACAGACGAGCAGAUUCAGGAGCUGAAGCUGAAGGAUGAGUGGGGAGAGAAGUGCGUGCCUAGUGGCGGCUCCGUCUUCAAAAAGGACGACAUCGGACGGAGGAACGGGCAAGCUCCAAAUGAGAAAAUGAAGCAGGUUUUAAAGAAGACGGUGGACGAAGCCAAAGCCAUCGUUUCUAAGAAACAAGUGGAAGCUGGAGUCUUUGUUACCAUGGAGAUGGUGAAAGAUGCCCUGGACCAGCUUCGAGGUGCAGUGAUGAUCGUUUAUCCCAUGGGGCUGCCUCCAUACGAUCCCAUCCGGAUGGAAUUUGAAAAUAAAGAAGAUCUGUCAGGAACUCAGGCGGCACUGGAAGUCAUCCCGGAGGCGGAAGCACAGCUGUGGUGGGCUGCCAAGGAGCUGAGGAGGACGAAGAAACUCUCCGACUAUGUGGGGAGAAAUGAGAAGACCAAAAUCAUCGUCAAGAUCCAGCAGAGAGGCCAGGGUGCACCAGCCCGGGAGCCGAUCAUUAGCAGUGAGGAGCACAAGCAGCUAAUGUUGUUCUACCAUAGAAGACAGGAGGAGCUCAAGAAACUGGAAGAAAAUGAUGACGACUCCUGUUUGAACUCUCCGUGGGCCGACAACACGGCUCUGAAAAGACAUUUUCAUGGGGUAAAAGACAUAAAGUGGAGACCCAGAUGAGGCCAUCAGAGCCACCAGCUCACCUUCCCAGGGCAAAUAUUAUAAAUACUGUAAAAGACAUAGACGUUUCUAUUUUCCAGUUUCUUUUAGUUUGUAUUUUUGAAAUAAGGCAUUCAUGGCUUUAGAACUUAAUAAAUACAUAC